AUGUGCUACAACCGGACUAGUCAGUUUUCAUUUGGUUUUGGAGGAUUGACAAUACACAACUGGUGUAGUAUAGAAAAACUAAAAGAACUAUUUAAAAAUGACGACAGAUUUGUGGCUGCAAAGGAAAGAAUAAAGAAAGCAAGCGUUUUAGUCAUAGAUGAGAUUAGGAUGCUGUCUAAGAGGACAUUUUAAAUGGUUGAAUCUGUUGCAGAUUUGUGAAAGAAACUGACUGUUGUUGGUGGACUCCAGAUCAUUGCAAGUGGUGACUUUAAGCAAUUACCUACUGUUCCAAACUACAGAUUUGAUAAUGAUGAUGCAUAUUGCUUUCAGAGUGAAAAAUGUGUAUUGGCACUCUCGUAUCAUAUUAUUUUAGUGCAGAAUAUACAUAUUGGUAGGAGAUUCCUCAAACACUGUGAUGCUCCUAAAACAUUGAUAUUGAAGGAAGGGGCUCUUAUAAUGAUAACAACGAAUAUUGCUGGAGUAUACAAUGGUAUGCAAAGAACUGUUCAUAACAUGCAAAACGAAAGAGAUCGUAAAACGAUUCCUAUAGGAAAAUUCAGAUUUGACAUAUUUGAUGCAAGACAGCAAAAUACUUUGGCUGCAAGAUUACAGUACCAUAUUAAAUUAGCAUUUGCACUUGUAGUGCAUAAAGUACAUGGGCAAACAUUACUGUGUGUUGAGUUUGACUGCUUCUUAUUUUUGGCCCUUACACAGAUGGCCCUUACAGCUAUAGAUAGAUGUACAAAUAAGAAAGGGCAACGAAUUGUGAAUUUCAAUAUGAAAGCUGCUAACUUGAAGCACCCGGAAGUUGUGCAUAAUUUUUAUUCUGAACCUUUCACAAUACCUUGGAAUGACUUGUCUUUCUUUGAAACAAUUUAUAAAAUUACUGGUACUCGGAAAAAAUCUCAAAACUUGAUUUCUGCUUACACUAGCCUCAAUACCUUUCUUAUAAGUGAUCAACAUGCAAAUUUAGGCAAAUUGUUAUUUGGAUGUGAAUUAUUUAACAAACACCAAAACAAAUUUUCCACGAAACUCACAUUCUAGUUAAUGGAUAAAGAAAUUGCAAUGUCAGAAGACAUUGUAUCUCAACAGGAACAAAACAUACAAGAUCAAAUUUUAAACCCAGAAAUACACUCUGCUGUAGCACAAAGUUUAGCAGGUGCAUGUAGGCACAAAGUUUCACAUAGGUUGCAUGAUCCUGUAUUAAGAAAAAUAUGGAAAGUUGAUAAGAAAAGCCGUUUUCUGAGAAAAAUGGAAUACAAAAAACAAUUUAUUCUAAAGCAACUUAGAAUUUCUGAAAAGAAACGUGAGUGUACCUAUGAUGACACUAUGCUUGAAAUUCAACACAAGCAAGGUCCAACUAGGGGUUUAUUUAUUGUUAGUGAACCUGUGUUAAAUUGUUUUUGUUAAACUUAUUUCAGUUCCACAAAAAUGCCUGAAAACGGAGACUCACAUCUCAAUCUUGAAAACAUACAUAAAAAAUAUCGAAAUUUAGUAGUUAAUGAAAAUGAAGUAAUUGACCUUUGGAUAGGAUUAUUCGGGGAAUUUAGUGACGAUGAUGCAGUGUUCAUUUCGUUGCUUCUCGAUUUGUUUAGGGCACUUACUGAAGACUUUAUUAAAAUUGCACUUGUUGAUGCUAUUAAAGAAUUCAAACAAAAUAUUCCCCGUAAACAAAAGACAAGCCUUGAGGUCAAAGGUGACGGCGCUUGGGGAAAAGCAGAAAAAAACCAGAACCGUCAGCCAGUACAUCGGUUAGCUCUGUUACCCCCAACAUCAUCUAGUUCUACUAUUGGCACUGAUACAACCAUAUGCAAACAAUGUAAUAAACUAUGGGAACCAGCUGACAUAUUAGAUGAGAACAUUGCAUGUGAUAUUAAUUAUUGGGUUCAUUACCACUGUGUAAAAUUAAAAGGGGGUGCGCCAUUUCUUUUUCGUAAAAACUCCAGAUGGCACUGUCUGAUAUGUUCUGGAAAAGGUAAAAGCAAGGGCAAGGGUAGAGCAAAAAAUUCAAAAUAA